UCACUACGCAAUUCGGCAAUUCGCGUUUCGACCGCUCGUCCUCUCCCCCGUCUCCCGCCCCGAUCCCUCCCGACGCGUUCACGCGACGCACGUUCGUUCGCUCCCUCGCGUUAGAUCUUGUUUUUUUCCGCCUGCAUGGCAUCGCCUGCCAUUUUGACCGGCGGCCUCCCUUCCAUUUUCUCUGUUUUCUCCGUCUCUCUUUUCCUCCUGUCUAUCUUUCAUUCUCCCAAAUCGCCGUCUCUCUCCCUCUCCCUCUCUCUCUCUUGCUGUGUCGGUUUUUUCCCCGCUGUCGUUCCCUACCCGUUCUCUACCCUCCUCCCCCCUCUUUCCCGUCUUGCCCUCCUCCUCCGCUAUCCCUGCCCCGAUAUUUGUGGAGCGUGUGCGGAUGUGUAUACACGGGUGAUCGAGAAAUUCGCACGGCUCUCGGCGCAAUGUGUGACAACGAAAGACGACGAACGGCCGACAUGGGCGACGACGACGUCGCCUGGCUCAUCGUCAUCGUCGCCGCCACCGCCGUCGCUGUCAAGCGCAACCUCCCUCCGCUUCUUCAUUGACGUGCUCUCUCGCGUGUUUAUCCGUUUCUGCGUAAUUCGUGCGUGCGCGCGGUACGGCAGAGGGCGCGGAGGGGUAAAGCGCGAGCGAGCGAGCGAGCGAGCGAGCAAGUGAGUGAGCGAGCGAGCAAACGAGCGAGCGCGAGGUGGGGACGCGCGUCGACAGAAAAAUAAUACAGGUCAGGACGUAACGUACCGCGGUAUCCCCGCGCUAGUACGCGAGUGCCUAUAUACACGAUUGUGUAUGUUUUUUUGCGUAUAUAACUGAACGCGCGUGUUUGUGCGUUCGUUCGAGGCAGUUUCUUGCACGUUUCCCGUUUCCUUUCGCGGCCGGGCCCUGCGAAGAGCCCUCUUCGAGAGAAAGAGGGAGCGAGGGGGGUGGAAGAGACAGAUACUCGGGCGGAAGAAUGGCGAAGACUUCUUUCAUGCAUGCGACUUCUGUCGCGCACAAGUCGCCGUAAUAGCCAUUGCGUUCUUAAAAUCGGUCGUUUACUGUGCGAACACACAGUAGGUUGAGGAAACGCGCGACGCCAUCAUGCUGUCACACGCGAUUAAUUAGAGAGAGAGAUAGAGAAAGACAGAGAAGUACGUAAAGGAGCGCCCGAGUCGCAUUGUUCCGAAACGAAUCUGAGAAAAAUUGUCUCUUUCAUGCGUAGCAAUUUACGCGAGACGCUUUAGCUGUCAUUUUCUUGAAGGUUCACAAAAUACACGAAGAUCUAUAGAAAAACGGCACCAGUUUUCUUUCAUUCGCUGGGCGCGAACAGGAUUGGCGUAAUAUUCUUUUUUUACUCUUGUUUUAUUAAUAUUGAGAGACACUCCAGACAUUUCUCGGAAAUAUUAUGCAGUUCGAUUCGCAACAAUACAUCUUGUGCAACGCGCUCAAGUAUAGUGUGGCCGCCCCCGUGCAGUUUUUACGUAUUCUGAAAUUUUGUUUAUGCUCACGAUCUCGAGAUCCAUUCGGGGAGCGGUCCACAACUCGUUAUUAUUUCGAGCCAAGCUACGAGACAUGCAAUCGAGACUAGUGCUCUUGAGCGAGAUAGACGACUGACGGAACGUAUUAUAUUUGAGUCCGCCAACGGGUCGUAGCGUCGAUUAACACAUUUCGUCUCAAUUCUCGCUAUGUGCCCGUAUCAGCCUUCCGAUCUUGAGGAGGACAGCUGUUUGACUCGAUUGAAAGGGAAUUCAACGCCGGGGUUGCAACUGAGUCCUUGGCAGGGUAGAUCGCAAAACACGCGCUAUUGACGUCUUACCGAGACGCGCUAAUCGUCGUGAAUUUUCAGUCUACCGCUUAAACAUCGCAGCUAUGCUCACGACGCGAAAAAACUGACGGUACUCGUGCUACACGAGAGAAAGAGAGAGAGAGAGGUGGGAGAGGCGCGGCGAAAUGUAAAAAUAAGAUAGAUGGGUGGAGUGAAACAUAAAAUACUAGGGUAAAGGUAAUAAUAAGCGCAUGUACUCUCGGGCGGUACAUUAUCGGUUAACGCGAAUAAAUAUAGAAGCAGGACGACCAGAGUUAAUAUUGGCUGAAUAAAAUAUAACAUUGCAUCAUACCUCAUUUAAAUUCAAGUGGGCUUUAUUUUCUGUCAGGAUUUUUAGCCGAUGUUUAAUUAAUGGAAAUAUUUUACGUGGGGGUUGGAAAGCUCCCCCGAUCGGCCGGGCUAUUGCUUCUACCCGAAAUUCCCGUAUGAAAAGGUCGACUCCGCAUUCGUGAAAGAGCGUCGUCAAAAUUUAAUGCGCGCGCAAGUGGGACACCAUGUAUAUUUAUUCCUCUCGUCCCUUUUAUAUGGAUAUCUUAUUCUUGUAUUUCAUCGCGUUGUCUCCCGAUAUAUUGUGCGCGCGAUCAAUGUCAGUCGGUUCGCACGAUCUCACCGGCGACCGGCUCUCCACAGACAAUCGGUCUCGUUUUCUUUCGCAGCGCGCAGAAAACUGAAGCGCGACUUUACGCAAUUUUUCGAAACGCGUCGCGUCGCUCCGCGAUGACUCACCGCGCCGCGAAUCAAGAUUAACGGAGUGGCUUUUCCGCGAAAUCCACGCCACGCAAUAAAACUGCGGCGGCGUUAGUCGCCUCGGCGAUUAUUUUCGCGCUGGGAUUUUUGCUUCCGGGAAAAUGACGACAGGCUCGCCAGUUUUUGUCUGGCGCGCGACGCGCAAAUUGAAGUCAUAAUAAUAUCUCAUCGUUAUAACGUUCUGCUUCUCCUCAUGGACGGGUCUUGUCGUGUUCCAUGGUCGCCGGCCGAUGCAAAAUUGAUCCGAGAAUGACGUCCAGCCAGGCGCAAUAAUUGUUGCAACGUGCUCGUGGGAAAAAAACGUGAAAGAAAAAAAGAAAACGACAUUUCCAUUUCCUUUUCAAAUGCGAUAUCUCUGGAUACAACCGGACACGAUAUCGAUAUUUCUUUUAAGAUGUAACUGUUCUCCUUUUACGCAUUUUCACGGGAAUAAGACUGCGUGUCCAAGAGCAUCUCGGGUAAAUCUUAUCUCUCUAUUUUUCGCGAAGUCGCAUUAUCUAUCGCGCUCUGAAGCGGCGAUAUUUGACGUCACGUUUCGCGACUCUUUGUGACGCGCUCCCAACAACUAUCUCUUUCAAGGAAACUAUCUCUUUCGAACUUCGUCUCACGAAACAUUUUUUCCACCGAUAGAAUAUAAUUCGACGACGAUCAUCGCAGGGACCGCUCGGCUGACGACUCCUCGCGCGAAAACUUAUUCCAUCGCGAUUAACGCUAACAGAUGUCAGCGGCUGACGAAGUUUAAUCGUUCGUUGUCUUCUUCCCGCGCCCGUAACGUCCAACGACGCGGGGAUUUGGUGCUGGCUCUGAACAUCGAUUAAGUCGCUUUUAAUCGUUCAGAAGAAGCAACUCUACGCCUCGUCCUUUUCUUCCCUCUCGCGCGAAUUGCUUUAUCGCGACGAAUCCCGUCGUCGACGUGUAUUGUGGCCACAAAUUCUAAAGCACUGAAAUGUGGCUGCUACGCGAUGUCAUUCGCGAUCACCUGGCCUCGUACGUGAUUUUCGCGACACGCGAGCUUCGUGGCGACUCGCACGACGUCUUCGUGUCGAAACCGCGCGGGGUUUUUCCGGAAAGCGACACAGCACGAUCGAUCGAAUCGACGUGCCUUUUCCAACGCGACGUCGUUUAAAUGGACAUUUGCUUCGGCAAACGGAACUGUAAGACCUGUCUGCUCUCUCGUUGACAAAACAUACCAGUGCUUCGGCACAAAAGUAUCACUAUUCAGUGAUAACGAAAACAAGUAUCACGAAAAUGUGAAGAAAGACGUCUCUCCCCCUUUUCCAAGACUUUGUAAAAUUUUAUUUCGCAGCAACGACUUUUUCUUUUCCUUUUUUUUUCAUUAUUAAAAAGUAGAGAACCUCGCGGAUAAUAUAUUGCGAGUAGCCUAGGCUUCCGAGUAUUCCAAAGAUAGGUCCUGAUGAGUGCGCGCGACCAUCGAUCGACGACGAGAGCUGCCUAAGCACCCUAAGGAUCGCCGAUAAUCGGCAAACAAGCGGAUAAUGGACGGUUUCGCGUAUACCGUUUGUAACUCAAUUACAGCCGCGGGAUAUAAUUGAAAAACCGAUUGUCAGUAAUCGGAGACGAUUAUGCUUCGAAACGUGCUAUAUAUCCGUUACGCGCAAAUGUUUACACGUUCUGACGACAUCGGGCUGCUGUUGCGGAGAUAUUAUUGCUGCGCUGUUACAAUGAGCAACCACAUGGUAAUAUUAUAUGAUACUAUAUAUGGAGUGUCACUAUUAAAAAAAAAAAAGGGAAACUCGAACGUCCUGUUUUGAAACGCGACACUGGCAAAUAUAUGUGCGUUAUUGGUAAUAAAUCGAAGUACCGCUCUCAGAUUUUCGAAAUUGCGCGUGAAUUUGCAUUACUUUUGCAAAAAAAAAAACGAAUAGCUCGUGUCGGAGGGAAAUAGAGGAAGAGAAAAGGAAAAGAGAGAACCGUGCAAUAAUAGUUUUAUUUCGAACGUAUAAAAUUUAAUUAAAUUGUACAAAGGUCUAAAAUUUAAUACGGCCACUGAAAUAUAAUUUUAUAAAAUUUUGCAUUAAUGUCAAUUAUAUUUCAGUAUCGUAUCAUGCACGCUUUAGUUUUAUACGCGGAAUUAAAAGAUUAACGGCAAAUUUUGGAGCUACGAAAAUACGCAAUUUUUUUCUCCGGCUCUAUGUAAAAACGGUAGACUUUCAAAAGUGUAUGAUAUCACUGCCGGUGUGCCACGUACAUAUUCAAAUCCGCCAAUUUAUUCCGCACACGUAUCCCCCUUUUUCCUCGGACCUCUCUUCCGUGUGCCGGUAUGCACAUCCUACGACUGCAACAGUGGUUUUCGAAAUCAAACAGUCUAACCGAUCGGCCCGCCCUACCUAUUACAUGAUGCGAAGGUAAUCGGCUAACAGUCUUUUUUUCUUUUUUCAAAUCCACGCGUACACACAAUUUACACGUUUCCGGCAUUAUUUCGGCGCGCGAGAUCAACUUCGCACGGGUUACGAGCCGCGGGCGCGCUCUCACAGCACAUUGAAUCUAAGUAUCUCGCGCAUUAUCUUUAGCAUCGCGAGAGAUCGAAGGCCGCGUUAUACCUAUCGCGCGCGAUAAUUAAUCCCAGAUUAGCCGUUCGCCGUUCAUUAGUAGGUCAUAGUCCUACCUUUAAAUAGACACGGUGCUACCGGACACACACGAGUAACUAAUUAGUGCCAAUAAGUUAGCGGUAUUCCAAUUACCAACUAAUAACGAAGCACCGAUAAUGCGGCAUUAACAAUGUCGCGCCGGUGACAAUACGGAGACGUGUCACAAAAAUAUUUCAUCAAAAUCUCGAGACUACGUGACGAAAGGUCGGGUCCUGUGUCGAAAUUUUGAUCCCGCUUUCGACAUCAAUAUUCCAUCAAACGCCUCUACCUCGACACUCUGAAGUUUACAUCAACCUUCUUUGAUUUUAUCUAACCUGUUAACUUUUUAAACGGGAAAAUCAUCUUUGGAAACUACACGGGAAAAAAACAGCUCCGUUAGUGUAACUGAAUUUUCUGUUACUUGGGGAGCAGGUGAAAAACUCGGCUGUGGGAACAGAAAGAUUCCCGUAGGAGAGAAUUUCUGCUCAGUCAAUUGCUCUCGGUUACCUCAACCGAGUUUUCAUGCAGCUGAACGUUCAGACGAAUGUUUUCGGUCACGGUAAAGCCCGCUCUACAAUGUGCUCUCUUUAUGUCCCGUUCCUUGUUCUCUAUCUUUUUCUGGCUAAAGGCUUGAGCUUCGAGUCAGAGAGAAAUCAAGAGAAAGAAACAGAAAGCAAAGAACACAUUGUAGAUCUGGGCUAACGGAGGAUAUUAUUUCUCAUUUCAGUGAAUUUUUCGCCCGACCCCCGUUCAGUUGCCCAAGCUGACAUCUUUUCCUUCCGUGUACAAAUGGUAUUUUGUGCGUUCUCUGCUGUUUAAAGGCGCCAAGUAGAACUUCAAUUUCCGUGUGUUUUAACCCUAGAACUCUAAACACAGGUAAAAUUUAUCCAGACCGACGUUUUAAACAUUACGCGAAAAAUAUGUAUCUCGUUUUUUCAUUAUAACCUUUUCAAAUUCAUUAAAUUGCGAAAACAUUAGUAGAUUCAUAUUCCCCCUCUACGCCGAUUGGAAAAAGGGAUUGAAUUUCGAUCAUUUUUCCGGAAGUUAUAAGCAAAUGAAAAUGCACUCGGUGAAAUUUAUCCGUGUUUCAGGUUUAAGUAACUUUUUGACGUUCAGGCUUCUUAUAUUAAACAUAAACUGAUCCUUGAGAAUAUACAGAUGUUGAAAGGUUCAGAUCGACAGAGCAGGGCUAAACUUUUCAGGGCUAAAAUUUCGACUCGGUACGGCUCGUCGCGAUUCUCAUCGCGUUCCUCGUCGCGUUCCUCGUCGCGUUCCUCGUCGCGUUCUUCGUCGCGUUCUUCCAGCGUGCAGCAAGGGAGACGCUAUCGAUAUCUAUCUUUACCAAUGCUCGAGUCGAUCAGCAGGCCGGCUCGACGUGCCGGGGCCAGUUUACUAAACUCGGUUUUACGGUGCAGUUGGUACCUCGUUACGCGUUGCUUGUCCGAGAUCAGGGCCGUACGCGCGCGAUGGGAGGAGGAGGCGGAGAAUGAGGAUGUGGAGGAGCGAGGAGAGGACUCUGACGCAGUCACGCGGCUGCGAAAGGCACGGCGCCGCGGCUGCGCCGGCACAUUAUGCCGACUUGGGCUCUUCGUCGUGCGGUGCGAACGACCUCGACUCGACUCGAUUCGCUCGCGCAUAUACAGCGGAGGAUAGAAGCCGCGGAGCGCGCCGAUAACGAUAACCCUACACGAAGGCCCGCGUACGAUCGAUGUUUACUGUCGUUACUCGGCCGACAUUGACAUUAUUAACGGUGGAGAGAAAACGUCGCUGACCGAGAUCGGUCAGGGCGCGAGUCACAAUCGGCAUAUUUUUCGACGAGUACGGGAGUGUAUGCGUAGAGGCUGUCCCGAAAAAUCGCGACCUUCGCGAUUAAUGAUGCCGAUGCCGCAGGGCGUGGCCAAUCUUUCGUCAGGAAAUACCUCGAUAUUCGAUGUUAAAUGUCUCGGUAAUUAAAGCAGAAAUUAAGGAUUCCGAUGAGGCGCACGGUCGUGACUCGGAAGCUCGUAAAAAUUCCGUCACUCCCGAGUCGCUUUUGAUUCGGACGGUCUCUUGCAACUCGGCGCGCUUCAGUUGAGGCAAAAUCGACUUCGCGUUGAUCAGAUAUUCCGUGAAUGAAAGCAACGGAGUUAGUUGAGAGAAAGAGAGGGAGAGAGAGAGAGAGAUCGCGCGCGUAUUAUAUUCAGUAUGUAGUGCACGAAAAUUUAUAUUAGACAAUAAUAAAUAUUUAUCCGUCGGAUCCUUUGUAAAAAAAUCAAGGGAUUCCGGCUGUUGAAAACUACAGAGGGUAUUCCUCUGUAAGAACAUUGCACUCUCCGUUGGAGCGGACCGCGCAAUAUAUUGCGAUAUAACGCUGUUUUGAUGCUGUCCAUUGUGAAUAAUGAAUGGUGGAGGCAUUCGUGGGGUAGGAGAGGGAGAAACGAAGAGACAGAGAGAGAGAGAGAGAGAGAGAGAGAGGAGCGAGUAGGGAGGAGAGAGGGAUCAAUACCGAUGAUAAUCGAGAGUAGCGACGUGCCUCAGCAGUGGCUCCAAGUUUCUUACGUGGCCGUGCCCAACAUCGUUUUAGAGCGGUUGAACGGCCGCGUCGUAUUUCUCCGUGUAAAUACCCGCGACUGUGGGCGCGCGAAACGUUGACAUAAUAUUUAUAUCGCUUUCGAACGUGUUUACCGUGAGCCAUGGAUUAACGAACCGGUCGCGACGGAUUUGUUUUCUCGCGAGGAUAAGUCUUGUGCGAAUCAGCAAACGAGCGAAUACGCGUGUGAAAAAAAAUCAAUGGAAACAAAAUAAUAGAGCUAGGGACAACGCUGUAACAUCCGCUGCUUAUGCACGGACCAAGUCAGCGCGUUUGAAAUAUAUUCCGGCCAAACAUUUGACGAUUCUGAGUGCAAAGAUUCCCGAAAAAGCUCUCGCGCCCGACUUGUUCAUCUGUAAGUACCCGAGUCGAAAUUUCAGUCGUACUUUUCACUUCUCAACAUUCGUACGUCCUGAAGGAUCAAUGUGUGUUUAGGACUCCUACUUCCUCGCCGCAGAAUUCUCGAUUGAUGACGCCAGAGGCAAAAGAACGCGCGCCUGAAAUUCUUGUGAAAUACACCGAAGUAAAAGAACAGGUUCAUAAAGCGACCCUUAGUUCGAUUGAGCGUUUUUAUGAAAUACUUCGAAAACUUUCCUUUUGCUGUUAAUAUAUAAUCAUAAAAUUAAUGCGACAUGCAGCCCUUUCGGUCUUUUCCUCGACCCUAAUUUCACGACUAUUUAUUGAUUGUUGGAGUAAAAGGAGAGUUUUCGUAAUACCUGACGAAUGUGCUCAGUCGAUUACAAGUGCCACUUUGUGGACAUAACCUUUUAUUUCGAGGUAUUCAUUCGAUAAGAAUUUUGGUGUUCUCCCGCUCUUCUGACAUCGCUAAUCAAGAUGGCCGCGGCGAGGACAGACGUCUUUUGAUACGCAUGGAAACUGAAGCUCUAUUUAGCGGCUCUAAACGGCAGGAAACGCAUAAAAUGUCACUGGUAGUUUUCAGAAGGAAGCUCCGAAGGCAAAGCUAGAUAGAGUCGAAAGAGAUUGACGCAGGUUUCAAAGUGUCAAAGUAGUCGUUAAUUGGAGUAUGGGAUUGAAAUUUCGACUCGGGCAAAUUCCUAUUGGGUAAACAUUGCUCAGAUGUCAGGCUCGAGACAUACUUCCGGAAUUUGGUGACUUUCGUGUACGUACACACGUACAAUCGGCAGCUGCGAAAUUUUGUCACCUGUUAGGUCGCGAAUCGUCAAUUAUAAUAUCGCUUCUCGCGAGGCCACGGCGAGACGCCCGCGUGAGCAAAGUCGGUAAAUAAUCAGUAACGAACGGCGACGUGAAGUUACAGUCUGUGCCGUCUGCCUGAUCGGCGCGGUUAUUGUUCGGAAGCUGGAAACGUGCUCGCCACGUCGGGCAGGUCAGGGUGUGUCUGUGAUCCCGCGCGUGCUUGGAAUAGCCGCGCGAUAAAAUCGAUGGCGCCAAUCGAUAAUUGGGACACGCACGGCGCGCGGUGGAGUCGCGAGCGACGAUUCGGCCGAGACGACGAGCGAUAACGGUAUAAUUUCUGUCGAGUUCAGAUUGGGAUAACCGAAAACACGCAUGAUAAUGAGAUUCAUGUUUAUUCACGAAUAAAUGAGACGCGACACAUGUGUCGUAAGAUGCUCGUUCGCGCGCGUUCAAGAAUAGUCGUCGGAAUUAUAUGCGGAUUUUUUUUCAACGCCGCUUCUCUCUCACGAGGUAAUUCGCGCGACGCGCGCUUCGUCCAGGGCGAACGCGUCUCGUCGACAUACGACACUUUUAGAAAUGGUAGCGCUGCCUCGCUAGCAGCCGAGAGAACAAAAACAAGAAGAAGAGCGCGCGAGCUCGUGAAUGGAAUACCGCGGAUUUAUUAUUAGCGCUUGAACGCGAGCCUCUUGCUAUUGUUGCCGUCCGUAUUCUGCGCGAUAAUUGGCCGCUGAUGAUGUACUUUCAAACACCGUGCCGGCGCGAACUGAAAUACGCGCCGCGCGUAUUGUUAGCCGCCGAUCGUCCCGAUCCGCGGACGCCUUUCCACGUUUAAUUCCGGCUAAUACGGGACUCGGGGAAUCGCGCUGGGAACUCGCACCGUAGCUCGCAGCUUUUCUCACGCGUAACGCGUGUCUAUUCGCCUCGAGUCGACCGCGUAAUUAGCCAUUGACAAUCGCACAAGUACGAUUGCCUCGAUAGUCAUUAUCGUUCGAUCGCAAUUUUAUCCAUUAUUGUCUCGAAAUUCUCAACGAUGAAUCUCGCUGUCUAUUCCCGAGUCGAAACAUCGCUUCUGUAUUAAACCUGUCCACGGAAUUCCGUCAAAUUUGAAGAACCAAUGAAGAGUCUCGAGAUAUAACACUGUACAGGCUAUUAUUUUUCGAUGCCAUAGAAAUGCGGCUGCUUACCGCGGUGAGCUUUGGAGUAGUAUUUAAAAACUAUUCAACAUCUUCUCAAUAAUGCAUCCAAUCUCGCUUAAUUUUUAAUUUCAAUGAGCAAUGUAUCAAUUAUGCAUCGGGUUCAACUGCACAUAGAAUAUCGCGAUGAGUAAGCAUUAAAUGAUAUAAUAAGUAUUGACAGAUGAAUGAGUAAACAAACAAAUAGUUCUUCUUUCGUAAUCUCUCUAUCAUUAAUUCGCAUUGACGUCGGAAAUUUCGAUAGAGGAUUUAUGACACUUUAAAAAGGAUAAAGAAAGAGUUGUAAGCCUCGUCGCUUGCUGGCGCUGCGUCCUGUAAAUCCGUCCUGAAGUUAGCUCAUGGUCGACAUCGUGGUCAGACAUUCAGUGGCGCCACGCGAAAGCACGAUCGGAGGUGCGGCGUUAAUUAAUGACCGUACGUUUCGUACAUACCGCGCGUGUGCAAUCGCUUUCAUCAUUCUACCACCUCGUAGAGAUUCGAGUGUUUCACUAUAAGAAUUAUUAAAGAUAUUAUUUGAUGAGCGUUAAUCUGUGUGUCGCGACUUCUUGGCCACCGUGUGUACGCCGCCGUCAUUGAUUGGCGAGCGAUGCCAGCUUGCGAUUGGGUGACUUUGUCCCUUUCGAGGUUAGCGAUAUUGUCAAGAUAUCUCCUCUCGUUGCGACGCGUCAUUACGUCUCGAGCCGACAAAUAACGCGCAUAGCGCGGCGCGUUGUUUACAAUUCUCGCCGGGUGAUCGAAAUAUUUCGUCGGUCCUUGAGAUGCUUAUUCGUCUCGGCAUGGCGUUAGUUGACGUGCGUUUCUUCGUGCGGGAAAAUCGUGGUCGCGCGAGUGUCAGUGUAUAUCUGAAAUCACGCCAGGAGAGCUGAAUGCUGAAUCGGGAUACGAGAAGGACGCAGGACACCGGAUGCAAAACAUAAUCAGGGAAACAUUUCGAGGUGUGUCAAAACAUAUGUGUUGAGGAGACGCGUUGACGAAGAAACCGAGGUUUCCGAUUUCCAAGAUCUCGCUGGUUUAUGCGUAGCCGUUGCAGCGACAAGUCUUGGCGGAGGAAGGUCGAACAUCCCUCGGCACUCUACUCGGUCUGAUCGGACCCGAGAAACCCGCAUCGAGCAGCGAAAAACGUUGGCGGGACGGAGGAGGAGGUGGAGGAGGUGGGCGAGGAGAGUACGGUGAACCGGAAGAAGUACGGUGGCCGGCUCGGUCGAGGAGUUCGCCGCGGUGCCGGACCCGCGCAUGCUUCAACAACGAGGCUGUACCGUAGCAGCAACGACACCACCCGUGACGACGAGCUCAUCAUCAUCAUCAUCCAACAUGUUCCCGCAGCAAUACUGCCUGAGAUGGAAGUACCAUCACAGCAACCUGCAGACCAUGUUCUCGCAGCUGCUCGAGCGGCAGGCCUAUUGCGACGUCACGCUCGCCUGCGAGGGCAAGACGCUGCGAGCGCACAAGGUUGUACUGUCGGCGUGCAGCACAUACUUCGACACGAUUCUAUCGCAGUACGAGGAGAAGGACCCCAUCGUCAUCAUGCGUGACGUCAAAUUCUCAGACAUCAAAGUGCUCGUGGAGUUCAUGUACAAGGGAGAGAUCAACAUUGACCACACGAGGCUGUCGUCGUUGCUGAAAACCGCCGAGGAUUUACACAUCAAGGGUCUCGCCGAGGUCAGCUGGCGCAGCGAUUCCGCGCAAAACGACCUGAACAACACCGGCCACAGUCCCGGCGCCGCAACUCCCGGCGUGGAAACUGUCUUGAGGGAAGGCGACGCCGAUGAGCCACCACCUCCCAAACAGAGACGCAGGGGCCGUCCGCCUCUGGACGAUCCACCCUCGGCGCACGACGUAUUUACACCGAAAAUCACGUGUAUCACCGGAAAUACUCGCGGCGGGUAUUACGCAUACGGGCUAACCACGCGCGACUCUAAUGUGUCACGUCGAACCUUUUCCCAGGAGGAAAUGAUGAGCGAAGGCGGUGACCACGAGAGUUGGGACGACGACGUGAUGAUGAAUGAGAAUAACGAAACGCCACUGCCUGUGCUGUCUUACAUGUCAAAGGAUGACAGCACAUCUGAUCAGGAAAAGAAAGCGCCUAGCACCCCAUCAAACUCCAACGCCACAAAUCCAUCGAUUCCCGAGCAAUUCCGAGACGUGAUAAAGAUGAACGAUUAUCUGACGACGGGUCGCAGACAGGAGUUCUGGGAGGAGCCGUUCACGCGACGCGUUAUGGACGCGAUCAAGAGCAAAGAACUGGAGAUGAAGACUGCCGCCGAGAUACUCGGCGUCUCAUACGGCACCCUCUACGGCAGAUAUCGUGACAGUUACGGUUGCCUUAAACACCCGUACAGAGUGCGGGAUUUUUGGUCUGAGCCGGGCCCUGCCGAAGUGCUGGCGAAGCUGCGGAGGAAGGAGAUAACGUUGUUUCGCGCUGCCGAAAUCCUCAACGUGACCGUCCAUACACUGGCGACGUACCUGGCGACGUUGCAGGGUUCGGACAGGGUAUUCAUAGCCAGCGACGGCCCGGCGCCCGGCAACAUCGACGGCAACAACGAGCCGACGGAGAACAGCGAGUCGAUGAACGACAUCCUGCAGAAGAUCAACGCGACCGCUGCGACUGCGGCGACGCUGACGACGACCACGCCGAUCAAGCGCGAGGGCGGCGGCUACAUCGAGGUGCCGACGGCGGUGCCGAAGGCCGCAACGUCCGUGCUGGAGAACAAUCCGGACAUCACGAUCGUCAAGACCGAGAACAUGCUGCGCAAGCGUGAGUACACGAAGGUGUCCAAUACCGAGAACAACAACGCGAAACUGAUGAGCGGCGGCGCCGUCAGUGAAGUCAGCCAGCAGCAGCAACAGCAGCAGCAACAGCAGAAGCUCGCCGACCCAUUGUCCCUGAGCAAUGACAACAGCAAACCCUAACUAUUCAGACCCUAUCUGACACCAGCGAACCCGCGAGCACCACCGAGCGCCAGCUACAGAUCCGACCUGUGCCCGCGCAGUUUCUAUUCCAACGUGUUUACUCGCUUUCUCACGAAUUUUCAUUUGAAAUAGAGAGGCAAGUGAGGGCGACGGUUGGUGCGGAUCGUCAUCGCCUCGUCGUCGCCUCGUCGUCGCUGUCGCCGUCGCCGUCGUCGUCGCCCAUGUCGCGCUAGGGCGCCGAUAUAUCCCGCGCACGCGGGUUCGUACUCCGAAAGAGUAGCUUUAGACAAUCUCGCGCGUAAUCGGUCGUUGACGAUUAGGGAAGGGCCGUGGCUGGCCGUCGGGACGGAGAGAGAGAGAGAGAGAGAGAGACACAGAAAGACAGAAAGAAAGAGAGAGAGAGAAGCGAAAACUCUGGCGUACGGCCGACUCAGACCCAGCAAAACGAAAGUGCCACUGCAAAGCGUGUGGAAUCACCGCAAAACGAAUAGAAAGAACAUAAAGACAGAGAGAAAGGCAGGAAGAGAGACGGGAAGGAAGGAAGAAAGAGAGAGAGGAAAGAGAAGAUGGAGACAAGCGUACGCUUCGUCGUGCCUUGGAGUCGGUCGCGAUUCUCACGGAUGCGACCACGGCCCGCCGGUAUUUUCCACGUUGAUGAAAAAGGGUGUUAAUGUCGCGCGAUAUCCGCUCCCCGGCCCCUCGAGGAGUUUAGUAUACCAGCGUUGUUGACGUUGAAAUUUCUCCCGUUUUACUUCACGAAUCGGUUCGCUUUGAUCUACGUCGGUGGCGCGCGCGCGCGCGCGCGUGUAUACUUGCAUGCACGCGCGAUCUUGGCCUUCGUGAGGAAAAGGAUAAAGAGCAAGGAAACAGAGGGAAAAGCGUAUAAUAAAAAAAAAAGUUCAAUCGAAGUUCCUUUUGAAUAACGAUGUAGAGAUGUAUUAUUGCAAAAGAAUGCCUAGACUAUUUUCUGCCGCAUGUGUCUGUAUGGUAGCACGUAAAGAGCGACAAUAUAUUCACCACAAGUAGAUCCAUCAUAGUAAAUACACCAUGGCGUGAGAGGUGACGGUCCUUCGACGUAGAUGUUCCUCGUGCGAUCGUCGUUAGGAUGCAUGAACGCGUUUUCAGUUGGUGUUCCGUACGAUACACGAUACGAACGUGGGAAUUUAAAUCAUAAAAACGUGUACUAUUGGAAGGGGGCGUUCAAUUCGCGCGUCGCGAAAGGAAUACGCAGGACAACCGAGUCUUUUACAGAACAAGGCGACUGUAGAUAGUAUUCAACCACGACAUUUGUAUUUAGAAAAGUAUUCAAGAGCGUGGAAAUCGUCACUUAGUCGGGUUGCAGAGUAUCCAAUAGUAAAUCGUUUAUGAUUUAAAACGUAACUUCGAUGCGAUGGAAGCCUUAACACGUUAAAAUACCGGUCUCUCUGAUUUCGUUUACCGAUUCGCCGACGAGAUUGAUUUCGCGUACGCGUUUUGCUAGGGAUGGGAUCACGUACGCCAUUGGAUCUAGUAUCAUCGAUAUUGUGCCCGCGGCGUGUUUUCUCAAAACAUCUUUUGUGACUAGCAAACAUAUAAAGUAUAAUUGAAAUCUGUGACCAAGCCAAAAUGUAAGUCUCUUCAGCUAUGACAGUAUUAUAAUAGGAACACUUUGGCAACUUCUUCGAAUUUUUACUCGUUGAAUUGUAACAUAAAUUAAAGAAAACUUAAAGAGAACAAACUGACUCUCGCAUUUGCUGAGAAGUACCAAGUAUCGUUAUAAUCAUUUCAAAAUUAUUGGUUAUAUUUGCUCGCGGGUUGUGAACACGCGAGAGAACAUACUGAACCUAGUCCCAUCCCUAGUUAUCGUAUCUUUUGGAAAAUGUCGUGUGAAGCGACCAAGUUCGGUUUUAAAACGGCCAGGCGCGAUUGAGCGAAGACAUUUGCAAUCGGCUGCAAUUUUGCAUGUCGCGCGAGAGAGAAAGAGAGUUCUCGAAAAAAUCGCGACGACUGCCUUCUUUGAGUAUUCGGAACGUUUACGGGAUUGUCUGUGUCUGCGCUUAAAAUGGUACAAUUCUAUUUUCUUUCUCUUUUUAUACCAGUAUGUAACUCUAAACGUAGCGUAGGAACAUUUUAGAGACAUUAGCAAUGUAUGCGAGGAGUUUCCUUUCUUUUUUUAAGGAGGAACAUUUUUAGUAGCUUUUAUUUGAACGAUAAUCGCCGAUUAAUAUCAAAGAUAAUUCGUUUAAUGAGACAAGUACGAAAUAUAAACGUCCAUUGUAAAUAUUGGUGCAAUAGCGAAAUGUGAAAAUUAAUAUUAUUUGGCACAAAAAGUGUGUGUCCGAGCACUAUUUUAAGAAGGAUCAAACAAAAACAAAGGAAAACAAGAAGAAAUGGUAGUAUGACUCUUUUACAUCGUGCAAUGUUUGAGUCCUCGUUGUAAAAAGCAAAGAGGACGAUAUCGAAGUAGCAUUAUCGAAAAUGCCUUGUUGGUAUACCAACACGCGAUUCCGUUUAGUUUACUUUCUUCGUAAGCUUUCACACAGGCGCGCGGUGUCUAAGUUAAGUUAAGAUGGAAAAGUGGAAAACCAGACUAACCGCGUGCUAUAUAAAUAUAUACAUGUGUACACGCACGCGCGUGUGUGACGCAUGUAUGUAUAAAAUCCAUAUUAGAAUAACCGUACUCCAUGAGACAUUGACUGGAAAUGAGUAUUCCUGUUCGCUGAAGGUAAAACUAAGUAAGAACUAAUAGUAUAGUAGAGGUAUCUCCGAUGAUAUUUUUCGAUGAUAUAAGACUUAGUUGCAUUGGAGAGGAUUUAUUAUCGCGGAGGGUACUUGUAAAGUAAUCCGAACGUGCGAGCAAUCCGAAGUACGAAACGCGCGAAGUCGCGAGAAGCCGACAGGCACGGCGUUCAUCUCGUCGUCGGGAGCUUCGGUAUGACGAGAAAGAGCGAAAAGACGGCUAUAUCGCGAGAUGUGUAAAUACGACAGUGUAUGAUAAUAGCAUGGAGAAUACUUCGAGUCGCGCAUUCUUUGUACACGAAUGCGUAAUGUAUAUGUACCUACUCUCUUUAAACGGACCCUGAAGUCGACUGACUACUAAGGUAACGAAAAGGAAACAAAAGAAAAACCGAAGAAAAAUACAAAAAUAAGGGAGAAGCGUAACGAUAAGUAUCGAGAUACUCUCGAUUAAGUGUGAGGCGCACUGUCAGUGAGACACACACAUGAGACACACAUACACACUGUCACAUACGCUCACAGGCACACAGUUGUACGUUGCGGGCUCUACGAGAGAAAGUAUUUUCGGCAGACUUGCCGAUGACUUAUCUGACGAAUGAAGUACUCUCUUUAGUCUACUUUGUAUAUUUAAGGAAAUAUCGUUUUGCCAUCGGACGCGAAGAGCGAGGUUUUUCGAUUACUUUACGAGUGCUCCGGCUCGAUUAUUUUUAUCGUAUAUGAUAUCAUUUUAUAUUGUACGCAGAGCAACACACGUCGCACGUUUAGAAUAAUUUUAUUCGUAUCUCUUAAAAAAGUACCGGCAGAGAAAUGAAAGGAAAAGAUCUGUUCAUCCUCACUCUUUAAUUUAAUAUUUUCAUCAGAAACUCAUUGCGUCUUAUAUUGAGCUUUCGUAUUAAGCAAGAGAUAGCAACUUCUCUCUUUUUUCUCCUCUAUAUAUUUUUCUUUCUUUUUUUUUUUUUUGAAGUAAAAUAAGACUAAAACAUACCAAAUGUGAGAAAUGUAAGGACAAGUUUUGUUAGAUUAGUAUCUAUCGCAUAUCAAGGAAGCAGAAAUACAUGCGCUGAAACACUCUGUAUUUGCCUACGGCGUCCGGGUAGGUUUAUCUGGGACGCGCGAGACCACUUUUACUCUAGCAAGAGUAUACGACUAGAAGUAUUAAUAUUUAAUAAUAAUGAUCCAAUACAAAUUGUCCCGAAUGGAUGGUCAUGUUUUUGAGAAUCCACGCUGAGCCAUGGAACAAAUGAGAAUCAUUUAAAAUCUUAUUGGGAGUAUUUUAAUUUCUUUGUUAUAUAUUAUUUUAUUAUUAUUAUAUUAUUAUUAUAUACACUAUAUUAGUUCAAGUUUUUUUAAGUUUAUUAUAUGAAGCUAGGGAGAUCUCUAGAUAGAAUUUAUCUCGACGAUAUGUGUGUGUGUGUAUACUAUACAUACACACAUAUAUAUAUAUGUAUAUAUAUAUACACACACAUACACAUAUACAUUUAUUGAGGCAUAUGAUCUUUGUGUAUUUUCUAUUUUUAUUCAACACACAUAUACACAUGUAUGGAUAUGUGUAAAUUUCCUUUUUUUAACGAGAGCGCCCGCGGAUUAUUAUUAAAGUACAAAACGUGUCAGUCUCUCGAUUCUAAUUCGGGACGCGUGUCGUAGAGCGACGCUGUUUGUAAGCGCGUGUAUGCCAAAUCGUAUGCUCAAAGACUGAUGGCCAUUCAUUUGGAGGUUCUUGUAUCAUAAGCACACAUCGGGUGCAGCAUUAUUGUUACGCGACGGGCGAAAGGGAGAGAGAGAAAGAGAGUGCGAGAGAGGGAGAGUUAGCGGGUGCGUGAUCGCGACUGCAUUGUACGACAGGACAAGACUAGCCUAUUGGCGAACGAUGCCGCGCUUUUGAAACGCGGUCGUCGUACCAUGAGACUAAAAAAAAAUCGAUAUCAUAAUUAAUUGUGUCGUUUGAUAUAAACGAGUGACGAGUAAUAGUAUGUAUCAUCGUUUUAUACACAACCUUAUUAAUAUCUUCGUACACUAUGUACAUUCCUAGUAUACACGCUCUUCAUUGUCAUUACACGUUGCAUUACACGCGCAUAACGGAAGAAAAAAAACGCAUGGACCUAUUAUACAUAUAUAAAUAUAAAUAUAUAUAUAUAAAAUAUA